AUGGACGCUUGGAAACUGAAUCGAGCGACAGCGCCGUGCACUAACCCAAUUAGACGAUUAAUCUUCGAUCAACGGCUGGUUCCCCUGCAGAUUCUCUAUCGAUGGACCAGGAAUGUACCUCAGCGAACUCUGGACGUGCGCAUUAUUUUUGGCAUCGAGGGUUUCUCGAAGGAUGAAACCCAAAUGUCUCUUUUCCACAUGUCUCAAACCGUCACCACGGCAGCGCAGAUCCUUCGCAAGGUUUCACGCAUUCGGUUGUUUUUGAAUUCUGCAUGUUGGGCUCCAGGGGAGCGGUUUUACACGUGCAACCUACUGAUGAUUCUUCUUCCGAUGAUUUCAUUCAUCACCGAAAUGCGCAUGGUCUACUGGCAAAGUAUUUUCCACUCAGCAGAUGGCUUGUUCGUUUUCGAGGAGGCCUAGUA